CUUAUUCUUUCGUCUCUGUAAAAUUAGGGUUUUUGCCUCUCACGCUUAUCGCCGCAUCUCCGUCAACCUUCAUCUACAGAAUGGAUUCUCAGAUCAAGCACGCUGUGGUGGUUAAGGUCAUGGGUAGGACUGGUUCAAGGGGUCAGGUUACUCAGGUUCGAGUGAAGUUUACCGACUCUGAUCGUUACAUCAUGAGGAAUGUUAAAGGACCAGUGAGGGAAGGUGAUAUCCUCACCUUGCUCGAGUCUGAGAGAGAAGCUAGGAGACUUCGUUGAUCUUCUUCUUCAUACUCCAAAAUGCGGAAACAAGAAAACAUUUGGUUAUUUCUCUUUUGCUUUCUUUGAUUGGAUUAGUGGAUUAUGCAUUUGGAGUCUUAAUUUUGUUGUUGCUUUAAGACAAUUGCUGCUGGAUUUAUAAGUUGUUUGGUAUUCAAAAUCUCUUCAUCCCUUUUUUAUAUUGUUCAUCAAGAAUUUGCUCUAUUCUCCAUCUUGUUCUACCUGAAUCAUGUGUUUUGGGUUAUGUUUAUAACUUGGGUAAGCAGUGGUGUGGUCUUGCCAUCGCCACAGAUCUUGGAUUCGUAGAAGAAUGGUUAUAUUGGUUUGGUUUUUCCAAUUGAAAAUCGAAGCUUUAAUCGAGUCCAAAAUGUCUCUGAAAUGUAUCAACCAAAACUGAUAUAGGAAGCUACAAGGCUAAGAUAAAAUUUGAAAGCAAAUAUGUUUCUACCCUAAUGUUUGAAAUCUCUGCUUCAAAUUAAAGUAGUACUCCAACCAGAGCAGCUAAUACCUCAUCAGAAUCACUUUCUUCUACCCUGGUCCGUUCUGAGUCCAACCUUGAUUUCAUCCGUGGUGGUAAGAGUCUUAAGACUGUAGCGAGUGUAGACUUUAGUUUAUUGAUAACAUCCCUACUUUGUCACCAUAGUGACCAGGCUUC